CAGAACCUCAGCUUUUGUUUUCAGAAAGUUUGCAGGUCUAACAGUUCAGGAGAAAAAUUUCAAAAAUGUGAAGGGAUUGUAACUCCUGCAGAAAUGAACCAGCAGAGAGCCUGGAAUAGAGUCCUGCCACCCGAUGGAAGCGGAUGGGUACUCAGGGUGUGGGGUUAAAAAGGUCUCCCUCAAGUCCCCAUUCACCACUCUGAAGGCACAAGGAAUUCACCUACCAAGCACUUCCAGGCACACUUCCGGAGCUGUGUGGAGCCAUCCCAGGCCAUGCUGCGGAACAGCGUCUUCAAAUGAGCCCACCUGAGAAACACUGCGCAGCGGAAGAGCGUCAGUUUGCAUCUCUGCAAGAGAAGCAAGAGUCACCCUCUGCCCUUGUCUCUCUGAUGCAGAGACCCCCCACCGACCAGUCAGAGAAGGACCUUGCCCCUGAGGAGAAGGCUGAGGAGAAUGAAGACCCAGCCGCAGAAGGAGAGGAAGAGGAGGAAGAGCUAGAGACAGAGGAGGAGGAGAAGCAGGAAGAGCAAGUCCUGAUCACAGAAAAAGAGGAGGAGGUGGAGGACCUAGCCAUAAAAGAGGAGGAGGACUUGACCACAGAGGAAAAGGACGAGGCGGACAUAUCCGUAGAGGAGGAAAAGGAGGAGGAUGAGAACUUGUCUGCAGAAGAGGAAGAAGAGGAGGAGGAGGAGGAGAACGUGUCUGCAGAAGAGGAGGAGGUCAAGCACCUCUCCACAGAAGAGGAAGAGGACUUGACCACAGAGACGGAGGAGGAAGAAGAAGGUAAAAGAAGAGGAAGAAGAAGGUAAAGGAAGGACGUGGCCCUGGUGGAGGAACACCUGAUCAUGGAGCAAAAGGAAGAAGAGAAGGACCUGGCCAUGGAGCAGCAAGAGGAGCACCUGCCUGUGGAGGAAGAGGAGGAGGACCUGGCCACAGUAGUGGAGCACCUGGCCAUGGAGCAGGUGGAGAGGAGGAG